GAUUCUUUGUUCAGGACUUAUCUGUACUCGGUACUGACUAUCAGAGAGAGGUUUCUGAAAUCUGAAUAGGCACACAUUCUACAGCAAAGCUCUCUGUCUCUUUGCCAUGGCUUCCUCUGCAACUACUCUGUCUCAGAACCCCUUCUCAUCCUUCUCUCGGCUCCCACAGACAUUGAGAAGAAACCCUCUUCAUCUUUUGUCCAUUAAAGCUGUAAAAGCUGCAGAACCUGAUAAGACCGAGAAACUCAAACAAGCUAAAACCCAAGAGUCUACAAAUGCUACUCAACCUUCAACCCCCACAGCUUCUAAGCCUCCCAAGAAGCCUGUUUAUUCCAUGAAGAAGGGUCAGAUUGUGAGGGUGGAGAAAGAGAAGUAUCUUAACAGUGUUAAUUAUCUAUCUGUUGGGCAUCCACCUUAUUACAAAGGGUUAGAUUAUAUUUAUGAAGACCGCGGUGAGGUACUGGAUUUACGCAUUUUUGAGACUGGUGAAUAUGCACUC